AUGGCCUUGGUUACAGAACCGCUCCUGAGCCAAGCCUUUGGCGGUUGCUCACGUCAACCUCAACCUCAACCUCCAAUCUGGGAGAGGCUGCAAGACGCCGCGGCACGACACCGCACGAGACUUGCCGUCGUUAGUCUCCAUCAACCAAAAGAUCUUUACGUGCUUGCAAGCCGCGCCGAAGAAUCUUGCUCUACACACUUGCGUUGGUCUUAUGGCACGUUGACGGCCAUGGUCGAACGACUGGCUACGGGACUGACAAGUCGGGGAUUGAGAAGGGGAGACACCAUCGUCACUUAUCUGUACAAUGGCGUCGAGUUCGUCAUGUCGUUCUGGGCUGCUCAUCAACUCGGAUGCCCCUUUGUGCCGCUAAAUCCCGAAUCUCUGUUGAAUAGAGAGGAGUCGGCGCACGUUCUUGGCUUGGUGACUCCAAGUGUUGUCAUUGUCAAUGACAAUACUACAGCGGAGAGGAUGGAUGCUGUCUUGGGCAAGCGAUUUGAACUUACGACGAGGUCCAUUGCCGGAAGUGACGAUUGCGACGUUGUAGGCUGGACUUGUCUCCAAAGCGUCCUGGCAGCCCCGGGUGAAGGCAUGAAGACUCGUGCAGACACCUUAUCAAGCCCCCUUCAUCAUCGGAUUGGGUCAACGUCUACGGAAACGGACCUCGAGUCGAAGCCUGUGACUGUCUUAUUUACCAGUGGAACAACUGCGUUGCCAAAAGGCGUGCCGCACACGAAUGCCACGCUCAAUGCUUUCUCCGAGAAUCUGUCUCUCGGCGGGACGUCCGAGUCCAACAUAUUCUGCUCGGUGCUGCCCAAUAAUCACGCCAUCGGGUACUUCUUUGCUCUCCACUUCAUGAUGAGCGGUGCUGCUAUUGUUUACCCGAGCUCAAAGUUUGAUCCCGACAAGACCAUCGAUGCCAUGGAGAGUGAAAUGGUCACCCACACAGCUCUUGUUCCGACAACGCUACACCGUCUCGCAGAAUCUCUUGGGCAUCGGUCCAUGCCCUUCAGGUCCUCUCUAGCUGAUGUCUGCAUUGCCGGAGACGCCAUCAUCCCAGACGACCUGCGAUAUAUUGCUGACGGACUGCAGAGCACGGGCGUGUCAACUGGGUUUGGCAUGACGGAAGGCAGUCCUGUCUGGUCGGCACCAUUGAACCCAAAUGACCUUAUUGACGAAAAUACCACCUUUGCUGGGUAUCCGUCCCCCGGAGCCUCAGUCAAGAUCUGUUCUCCAGGUUCACGAGUUCCGUUGGCAUUGGGGGAAGUCGGUGAACUUCACCAGAGCGGCCCAGGUCUCGUUGACGGCUAUCUGGGUGGUGACGAUGCGAGCGAGGGCCAGUUCUAUCAAGACAAUGCCGGCCGCACGUGGUUCAUGACUGGAGAUCAGGCCGUGAUGCACCCCAGCGGUCGGAUCUCGGUCACAGGGAGAUACAAAGACAUAAUAAACCGGGGAGGGUUGAACAUUUCCCCGGCAGCCAUGGAGGCCGUUAUCAAACGGGCCUGUUCUGAAUCAGUCCAAGUGAUUGGCGUUCCCGAUGAAUUCGCCGGCAGUGUACCAAUCGUCGUAUGCGAAGACGCUGUUCAAGCCACCGUAGACGAAAUACGCAACGCCAUCGUUGCAGAAAUCGGCCCCAAGUGCUCUCCCGUCGACGUCGUCAAGCUUCGACAGCUCGGCCUUGACGACUUCCCGAGGACUUCCUCCGGAAAGGUCCAGAAGUCGAAACUAUCAAGCGUGUACUUGAAGCAAAAGAAAAUGGUUGAAAUAAGAUCGUGUUCGGCCAAGUCCUCCCAUGAAGAUUGCCUGCUGCAGGCCUACAGCCAGGCAACAGGGAUCAACGCCAAAGAACUUGACAGAGACCUUCCGGUGUCUCUUUUUGCGGACAGUAUCGUGGCAAUGAGGGUUCGAGAUUACGUGCGGAAACACCUUGGUGUCAGUAUCUCAGCUCGUGACAUGGCAGAUCAUGAGACGCUCAACUCUCAAAUUGCCCUUCUGCAGAAACACACAAGCAAUACCAGUCGUGGACUGGCCGAGACACGUGCGAACACAAACGAGCCUGAGAAACCUUUCUCAGUCGCAGAUUUGGCUUCGACUUGGCCGUCACCCGAGACGAACAGGCACAUGCAGACUUCACUCCGUGAGAUGGUCGAGACCAGCGGCUUUCGCUGGCCAGAAGACGUAUCUGCCGUGACACCCGCCCACGACUUUUUGCAGGUGCUAGUAGACGCUCGCAUCAUCGAUACUUGGAACUUUGCAAUGGCGUUCCAAACCACGAGUCCCACCACAGAUAAACUCGGUGAAGCGCUUCGCAUAGCGUUGGCAAACAAUCCGAUACUGACCUCCUUUUACGCCGGAUACCCAGCCCAACAUGGGGCUUAUGUGACUGUUCGACCAUCGCCCAAGUUAUGGGAGCAGUGCAUCUCUACCGAAGCGCCUGUGAAGUCUUGUGCCGACCUGGCAACGCUCGCCCUGGAGUAUCCCUACAAAGACCACGCCAGGCUCCCAGGUCCCCUCUUCCAUGCCCUUCUCGUCUACGUAGAAGAGGCAAAGUCGGCGGCCAUUGUAUACUACGUCCAUCAUCUAGCCCACGAUGCCUCGUCCAUGAGGAACUUCUUGGCGGACCUGGACCACGUUCUUGCCAGCCCAGGGCAAAAGCCGCGUGCACACACCGAUUUCAAGGCGUGGGCAGACAGCUACCACGCCCUUCGCCACUCGCCGUCGGCCACAUUGUCCGUAGACUACCACGUCCAGCGACUGCGGGACUUGCACAAGCACAAGGACGGCUUGUAUCCCCUCGCACCUCUUCCGCGAAAGGCCAGCGAAGAGGGCCCGGACGGCCUGGACAGCGAAUUCGACGCCCCGGGCUUGGUCAACCUGAAAGCAAAGCUGCCGGGCAUCGGAGCCGCCACUGUCCUGAAGGCAGCCAUGGCACUGGUGAGCACCAGCCGUACUGGCCACAGCCACGCCGUGUUCAACAACUUGGAAGCCGGAAGAGGCCAGUUCCCCUUUGUUCCCGCCAGCGUACGGGCCAUGGACGCGGCCAUGUACGAGUCGGCGGAUGUGAACGGCCCUACUAUGGAGACGGCCUGCAAUCUGAUCGAGGUCUUGCCCCACGAGCCAGCCCGCGAUUUUCUCUCCCGCCUUCAGCGAGAUCAGGCGCGUCUCACAGAGCACUGCCACGCCCCUCUCUGGCGUGUCCUCGAGCGCCUGCGAGAGGAGGGCAGCGGCUCCGACGAGACCAUGAUGGAGGUCCACCGGUCCCAGCUCCUGACCUGGGUGCCCGGUCUUAUGGGCCAGUUUCGCCACCUGAAGAUGUCUCGGAUAGCCAUACGCUGUGACGCAGGCCUCGUGAUUGUGAGCGGCAUCGGAGGGCCCAAAGCCACGACGUAUACGUUCUCGCUGCGGUGGGACGUGGCCAACUACUCCCGACAACAGGCCGCGGAGUAUCUGGAGCACGUUCAGGCCGCCAUUCAAUUUCUCACCUCUGAAGAACACUGGGAUGAUGAUGUCGGCACGGUAUUGGAGAAGAUGAAGCGAUAG